AUGCCCUCUCCCUUUGCCCUUCUCCCGGAGUCUCUCUUCUCUAGCCAUCGCCUUACAAUACUAUCAACCGAAAGCACGCCCUUCAUCAGUCUACGCUACUCUACCCACAUCACAAAUCUAUUCCCAUCCGUUCAACGCUUGCUUGCCUUGAACCGAACCUUGACCAACAGCAAGUACCAACCACCAACCCGCACAUCAAAUAAAAUGUCGUCCAGAUACAGCAACGCCAAGCCGGUCGUCCACCAGGCCCCGGCGUCCAUCAACAGCGGCUACUCAGCAUCGUCUGGCUCGUACGGCUCUUCCAGGAGCUCAUCCACAGUUCGCUCCGUGUCACCAAGCGACGAGGCCUACCUCCGUGUGUACGGCGCCGCCGACCAUCAGUCAACGAUGAGGCACACCAGCUCGGGCGUCACCGUCAUCAACCGCCGUCAAACCGGCUACGAGGCCGACGCGCCGACGCCAAAGUACACGGGCAGCUACGCAAGAGCAUGA